CCAGGGGCACGUUGUACAGAAGGUUCCUCUGUAAAAAGAUGAAUGGCCGAUGUGAAAAUGACUGCCUUACCUUCGAAGAAAAGAUUGGGACCUGCCGAGCCAACUUAACACCACUGUGCUGCAGGAAAAAAAAGAAUCAAUGA